GGGAGGCUGGGCUGAACUGAACGUUCACGGGCGGGUGUAUGUUUAUUCCCAAGCAUUGCGACCAGGCAUCCCAACUCGCGAGCCGCCCGCUGUCUCCAUUCACCUUUAGGCAGUCCUGGCAAGCCCAGCUUGAGAAUCCUGGCGCUGCUCCCUUCUAGUCAAGUGAUUGUAAAUAUAGCCUCGAUGUUGUUUACAUGAAACAUCCAGAGGGAGGAGCCUUGGAAGUAGAAGGAAGAGGAAGACGGAGGAGUCUCCAAGGCUGGCUGGGGUCUCAAGUAAGAAUGCCUCUCUCCAUCCUAUUACUGAGCUUCUCCACCUUUUGGCAGCAUCAUAUCUGAAAGUAACAGGUGCCUUUUGAUCGCAGUGAAUCUCACCAGAACAACGUGGCUACCAUUUUAUCAAUAAACGCUAAAUCAGAAAUCUCCAGAAAUGGGCGCAGUUGGCGGACUGAAGCAGUUUGGAGCCUGAUUUUCCCCAAUUUAUCAGAUUAUCUCAUAUCAGCUCUUGAAAAUGGAAAUGGACUGCCUUCAAGUCGACCCCAACUUAUGGCUACCCUAUGAAUAGGUAUUUCAUGGCAGCAGCCAUUCCAUCAGGCUAUAGGAGAGGGAAAGAUGGGAAUGCAAGUCCUCUCCAUUGGCUCUGCUGAAUGAUCAGCAACUGUUUGGCUCCUCUGCUCCAAAUCUUUCCAUUCCAGUUGGAAGAGCCAUGAGUAAUGCUUCCCCUCCCCCGCCGUGGCGAGAAUACGGCAGGCUUAGGUCUUCGUGAAAGGUCACCAGUAGCAGUGGAUUGAUCUUCUAUCACGCUGCUGAAAAAGAGCAAAAGACUCAAAAGGAGGAAGAAAGCAAAUGUUGGCCAUGUCUGCAGGAUCUAAAGCCAGGAAUUCUACUCAGAAGGAAGUCUCCUUGUGUUUAAUGGGACUUGGUUCCAGUAUAUCAGUGUAAAAGAGGACUGUAAAGCUAUGGCUUUCUGUGCAAAAAUGAGAAGCUCCAAGAAAAAUGAAGUGAAUGCAGAAGCUCAAGAACAAGGACUGGAAAUAGCAUUCUAUUUACAAGAGAAGCCUUCUCUUAGGUAUACAUGUGGCAAGUAUACAGCAGAAGACAUUUGCAUUGAAGCUGCCCAGAAGUGCUCUAUAUCUCCAUUGUGCCACAAUCUGUUUGCACUCUUUGAUGAAAACACAAAGCUGUGGUAUGCACCAAAUCAUGUCUUCCAAAUAGAUGACAAAACUGUACUCCGAGUUCAUUAUCGCAUGAGAUUUUACUUUACUAACUGGCAUGGGACAAAUGAAAAUGAGCCAUCUGUCUGGAGACAUUCUCCAAAGAAAUCAAAGAGUGCUUACAAAAAGAAACAAAUUCAAGAAGGAACACCUCUUCUUGAUGCAAAUUCACUAGAAUAUAUAUUUGCACAGGGACAGAAUGAUUUGGUAAGAUGCUUUGCACCUGUUCGGGAUCCUAAAAAUGAUCAGGAAAUUCAUGAAAUUGAAAACGAAUGUCUGGGCAUGGCUGUACUUGCAAUCUCCCACUAUGCAAUAAAAAAAACUCUGAAGUUGCCAGAUAUUUCCAGAGACAUCAGCUAUAAACGGUAUAUUCCUGAAACCUUGAGCAAGAACAUUAGACAGAGGAACUUCUUAACCAGACUACGGAUAAACAAUGUUUUCAAGGAUUUCCUUAAGGAAUUUAACAAGAAGACCAUUUGUGACAGCAGUGUUUCUCCACAUGAUCUGAAAGUGAAAUACAUGUCAACAAUGGAAACAUUAACAAAGCAUUUUGGAGCAGAGAUACUUGAGACUUCCUCAUUGCUGAUUUCAUCAGAGAAUGAGAAGAAUUUGGAUGACUCUGAGAUCAUCCCACAUUAUGAAGUGAUGGUUACAGGCAAUAAUGGAAUACAGUGGCGGCUGAAACCAUAUGUUAUCCAGAAUGAGAAGGAAAAACAUAAAACAAAGAGAAAAAGAUCAGAUGGCAAAGUCAAGAAAAAUGAAGAAAAAAGUAAGAGAGAAGAAUGGAAUAGUUUUUGUUACUUUCCUGAAAUAACUCACCUUGUGAUCAAGGAGUCCACAGUCUGCAUUUAUAAGCAAGAUAACAAAAGGAUGGAAUUCAAGCUGUCUUCACAGGAGGAAGCUUUGUCAUUUGCUGCUUUGGUAGAUGGAUACUUCAGGCUUACUGCAGAUGCCCACCAUUAUCUGUGCACAGAUGUCGCACCACCUUUAAUAAAACACAACAUUAAAAAUGGCUGCCAUGGCCCAAUUUGCACAGAUUAUGCUAUCAACAAGCUGAAGCAGGAAGGCAACGAGGAGGGGAUGUAUGUGCUGAGGUGGAGCUGUACAGACUUCAAUAACAUCCUUUUGACUGUUAUAUGUAAUGAAUACUCACAGCACAUGCUAAACCCUAUCAAACAGUACAAGAACUUCCAGAUUGAAAUGAAGAAAGAUGGAUGUCUCUUACAUGGAUCUGAUAAGUUAUUUCCAUCUCUGAAGGAGUUGAUGGACCAUUUAAAAGGGCAGAUGCUUAGGACAGACAAUAUAGUCUUCACACUCAAGAAAUGCUGUCAACCAAAGCCAAGAGAAAUCUCCAAUUUGCUAGUGGCUACAAAGAAAUCCCAAGAAUGGCAGCCAGUCUGUCCUUUAGGUCAACUGAGCUUCCAUCGAAUCCUUAAAGAAGAGAUAAUACAAGGUGAACACCUUGGGAGAGGAACAAGAACACAGAUUUACUCUGGGAUUCUUAGCUAUAAGGAUGAUGAAAGUUAUCAGGCUGAAAAAGAGAUGAAAGUUCUCCUUAAAGUCCUGGACCCCAGCUACAGACACUUUUCUCUGGCAUUUUUUGAGACUGCAAGUAUGAUGCGGCAAAUUUCCCACAAACACAUUGUCCUCCUUCAUGGAAUUUGUGUCCGUGAUGUAGAAAACAUUAUGGUGGAAGAGUUUGUUGAAUUUGGACCUCUGGAUCUCUUUAUGCAUCGCAAAAGCGAUAUGCUUACUACUCCUUGGAAAUUCAAAGUAGCAAAACAACUAGCAAGUGCAUUAAGCUAUCUGGAGGACAAAGAUUUAGUUCAUGGAAAUGUGUGCACAAAAAAUAUACUGUUGGCAAGGGAAGGAAUUGACAAUGAAUAUGGACCUUUCAUAAAACUGAGUGACCCAGGGAUUCCAAUAACAGUGCUGUCCAGAGAAGAAUGCGUCGAGCGUAUCCCUUGGCUUGCACCAGAAUGUGUAGAAGACUCAAAAAAAUUAAGUGUGGCUGCAGAUAAGUGGAGUUUUGGUACAACACUGUGGGAAAUUUGCUACAAUGGACAAGUACCACUUAAAGACAAGACAUUAGCAGAGAAGGAGAGGUUUUAUGAAGGCCAUUUCACACUUCCAGUUCCAUCCUGCAAGGAGCUAGCUGACCUGAUGAAGCAGUGCAUGCACUAUGACCCUAGUCAGAGACCAUUCUUUAGAGCGAUUAUGCGAGAUAUCAACAAGCUAGAAGAGCAAAAUCCUGAUAUUGUCUCAGAGAAGAAGCCUAAUGCAGAGAUUGAUCCUACCAUUUUUGAAAAACGCUUCUUGAAGCGGAUUCGUGACUUAGGCGAGGGCCAUUUUGGAAAAGUUGAGCUCUGCAGGUACGAUCCUGAAGGUGAUAAUACAGGAGAACAAGUGGCAGUAAAGUCACUAAAACCUGAUUGUGAUGGGGACCAUAUUGCUGACCUAAAGAAAGAAAUUGAAAUUCUGAGGAAGCUUUAUCAUGAAAACAUUGUAAAAUACAAAGGAAUCUGCACAGAAGAUGGUGGAAAUGGAAUUAAACUCAUCAUGGAGUUUCUUCCUUCUGGAAGCCUAAAGGAAUAUCUUCCCCGAAACAAGAAUAAAAUCAGUCUGAAACAACAAUUGAAAUAUGCUGUACAAAUCUGCAAGGGAAUGGACUAUUUGGGGUCUCAACAGUAUGUUCAUCGAGACUUAGCAGCGAGGAAUGUUCUAGUCGAAAAUGAACAGAGAGUAAAGAUUGGGGAUUUCGGGCUAACAAAAGCAAUUGAGACUGAUAAGGAAUACUACAAAGUCAACGAUGAGCAAGACAGUCCUGUAUUCUGGUAUGCUCCUGAAUGCUUACUACAGAGCAAAUUCUACAUUGCUUCAGAUGUUUGGUCUUUUGGAGUGACCCUCUAUGAACUACUGACCUAUUGUGAUUCUGAGUGCAGUCCAAUGGCAGAAUUCUUGAAGAUGAUUGGCCCAACUCAUGGCCAGAUGACAGUCGCACGGCUUGUGCGCGUAUUAGCAGAUGGCAAACGUUUGCCACGCCCUGAAAAUUGCCCAGAAGAGGUUGACCAACUGAUGAGGAAGUGUUGGGUACAAGACCCAGGUGAGCGGACAACCUUUCACAAUCUGAUUCAAGGAUUUGAAGCACUUAUCAAAAAAAUGUAAUCAAAGAUAUUUUAUACUUGUCACUGAAUGUUUGAAAAUUAUGUAAAGGCCUUUUAUUAUUAGUUGUUGUAACUUGGUAAAGUUAUGUCUGAAAUGGUUUCUUUUGUCCAAGAGUUUCCCUCUUUCAGUAGUAAACACAUAAUGAGAAGACAUGAUUCACUAUAAAAGACAAUAAUGCUGGGGAAAACAGAAGGGAGUAGAAAAAGAGGAAGACCAAACAAAAGAUGGAUUGACUCCAUAAAGGAAGCCACAGACCUGAAUUUACAAGAUCCGAACAGGGUGGUUCAUGACACAUGGUAUUGGAGGUCACUGAUUCAUAGGGUCGCCAUAAGUCAUAAUCAACCUGAAGGCACGUAACAACAAACUCAGACCAAGCAACAGUUUGGUUGGCCAAGCGCUUUUCCAGUCUGUAUUUGUGUAUUUCUUACAACACGUUCUACCAGUUAGGACCUGACUGGGGUCCCAGAAGAAACUUGUAGUUUGAUAUUGAUGCUGGCCUAAAUGCUUUGGAGAACAAUAACCUUAAAAGAAGUUUUUAGAAAUUUAUUUGCCUGAAUUGUGUUGGAUUAAAAAGCAGAUGAUUGCAAAACAGUAUCAUGACGCAGUAAUUAAGGUAUAAAAAUCUGAUAUUAUGAUUGCCUUUAAAAAUGAAGUGUUAGAUGAAUUUGGCUGGAAUCCAAAGAACUACACAAUUAUUUUCACAAACCCAAGGGGACUUUGGAUCUGCAUUCCUCAACUGUCAGCCCUCUUAUGCCACAUUACCAAGCUAAUUUUGAACUGGCAUUAACUGACAAAAGCAGUUUGUGUUACACUGUGGAUUGCCCUUGCAAAAACCCAAAGUAACUCUUGGGAUCCCAGCACUUUUUUCUCUUGAUAUAUUUGUUACAUUUGUUUUUAGCAUUUUGUUAAAAUCCAGACACCAUUGGCAUUUUGUACUGGAGCCUUCUAAUCCAUGGUCCAAAAUUUCUAAUACAUUAUAGAAGUCAAGACAUCCUGAUGUUCUCAUAUAUUCUCUUUAGAAAGUUUUCCUUUUAAAUUUGAGAACUUGCUAUAUAAGCCUGUUGUGUGGCAUGCAAUCCAAGAUGUCUGAAUUUGAAAGUUUCAGAAUAGGGAUACUACACAAUGGCCAAGAGCCAGUGAUUCUUCCCAUUACAUGUUUUUGACCUUACUCUUAAAAUGCAGGAUUUAAUACUACUUGCCUGUAUGCACUAAAAGGUUUGUCACCAUGGUAGGAUGCGGGUGGAACAGGAAUAAUCAUUCAGGUAACAGAUUGCCAAACUAUAAAUAACCAGAAUAGUGGGUUUUUAGUAAGGCUGAGCUGCCCUCUAAAGCCAUAAAUGGUCUCCAGUAAGGUCAAAUAGUACAUGAAUUUCAAGACACACUGUGUGAAUGUGGAUAUUGCAAGAAACACAAUAUGCCAUAAGCUUGGGGGGGGGUGUACAUUACUUUGAUCACUUACUUCCUUUAUAGAAGGUGAAUAAACAGCACCAGGGGAGGUGGAGAAACAUACUGAAUCCUCUCAACCGUGGUCUUUGAGUAGAAGGGAGAGUUCCAUAUACACGUCUCUGGGGCCACAAUGCAUGCAUUACUAUGUGUUCUUUUCCCUUACGCUGUGAAUUUGCUAGUCUUUUACAGGUGAAAGAAUAAGAUGGGCAUUGUUUGUAAUAAAAGCUUUUUAGAAAAGAGUAGCCUUUAAUUAAAGUCAAAUACUGCUUUUGAGGAAUUAUUCAGAGUUUGCAAUAAUACAAAAAUGUAACCCUGUAUCAAAGUAGAAAUACUAUUCCUCAGAAUUCAGUGCAGUUUAGAACCAUCUUUCAAUAUUGCCUGUUUUUCCCUGUACUCUGUAUGCACUUUGUUAUUCUUUAUA